AUGUAUAUACGUCAAAACUCCAUCAAAACAGUUCUAAAAAAAACCAAACGAAAUUAUUUCUAACAAACUUGUGUAAUUUAGAAAAAUUGUUUACAAUAAUAUGAACUAUAGGUAUUGUUCACAAUGCAAUUUCGCGUCCCAAUUCGAGAGCGCGCUGCUUAUGCACAAGGCGUUGCACCACCCCGCAAACGACUACCCCGCCUCCAGCAACAUCAGACAUGUGUGCUGGGUCGUACGUCCUCUGCCACCAAACUGUUUGCUAAUCUGAAGGCGCGCAUCACCAGAACCAGGAGCCGGCAGCUGUUCUCGCACCCGGAGGAGCCUGCAGUCGCUGUCGACGUCAAUCAGGACCUGUCGGCAAGCAGUGAGUGCACGUCCAAAGGUCUACAAGGUCACCUGGACCCGAUCAGCAAGGCCAGCGCCGUGACUACGCUGGACUCGCCGUCUCCACCUUCCCCCCGCACGGAGACUUACGGCUGCCAUUUGUGUGCUUUUGAAUCUGAUAGAAUAACGGUUCUAGACCAACACCUAUUGAAAGAUCACAAAAUUGGUCUAGACAACCUCCUCAAACUCGUGAUGGCUAAGACCAAAGAUGGACUCUCGGAAGACCAGAGCCCUGAAAUAUUGUACGGAAUAAAACAACCAUAUUAUAGACCUCAGGACGAAAGAAUAGAAGAAGGAGAAUAUGUAAUAGAGACUGUCACACCAAAGAUAAAAAUACUUAAACAUGCUUCAACGAAUACUGAUAUACAAUGGACUGAUAUACCAGAUCUUAAAGACAAUUGUAGGAUUAUAACGAAAGAGUUGGAUAAAUUGAUGAAGUAUCCAAUAGAAAUGACGGACAAGGCUGCCUUUUUGGCGAAAAUGGAGACGCUGAACAAAUGCAUGUGCAAGUUUGUGGAUUCGUCCAAUACGCUGAAAAGGGUAUUGAAGAAGGAGUAUGACACGAAAAGCAGGCAGGAGCACAAGGAUUCCAUGUUUGAUUUGGAGUUAGGGGACCACGACAGCCCCCGAGUAUGGGAGAGAGCUCACAGCGAGAAAAUGGCCCGAAGCAGACACAAGCCCUCGUCGAGGCCAGGCAUAAGCAGGAGCGAAAAGGCGAAGAUGUCUGCAGAAAGCUUCUACUUCUGACGAAAUAUUGUCUGAGAUGGCCGUGCUAUGGUGCUGUAGUUCGAUGUUGUCAAAUUACAAUAUUUGUAUGUUAUUAUUCCUUUUAGAUAUAUUUGAAUAACAAUAAAAAAUGUAAAACGACCUUUUUUUAAUUAUAAUCCAUACUAAUAAUGUUUGAUGAAAUUUGGUAUGCAUAUAGUAAUGACCCCGUUCAACAUAGGCUACAAUAUAGUCUGUUGGUUUAAUAUAGUUUUUUUGAAAUGAACCCCUUAUUGGGUGAAAGUUUGUAUGAAUAUUAUGUUGAAAAGACGACCAAAGACGACGUAAUUGGCUAUCACACUAAAAUAUUGAUCCUAGAAAUUAGUAAUCUGGCAUGGGUAAACAUAUGAAUCACAAAAUAUAUAAUUAUGCUGUCUGAAGUAACUAUUCUACACUGACGAAGUCGCGGGUUAACAGAUAGAGAUAAUAUAAGACCCGGUAAUAUAAAGAAUACUUCUGAAUACUUCUAAAUACUGGAUCCAGCUGGUAGGAAAAUUGUGUGGCGUGUUGUUCCGCCCUGGAACACUCCAUAUCCUCCUAGCAGCUGAGUCUAGGUAGCUGAUACGUAAUAAUAGCAUUCCCAAGGGUAGUUAACAUCAGGUAGACCGCCGUUAAAAUUACAGCCAAAUCUUCAAAAUUUUAUGGUUUUUACAGUGUAAAGAUGACACUACUAAGAGUUU